AUUCCGAUUGCAGGCGACCGGUUCGUCCGAGCUCUGGUCUAUUUCCUCGGCCUGUGCUACCUCUUCAUCGGCGUGUCGAUCAUCGCUGACCGGUUCAUGGCCGCCAUCGAGGUCAUCACGUCGCAAGAAAAAGAGGUCACCGUGAAACGGUCCGACGGGUCUCGUCAAAUCAUCGUCGUCCGCGUUUGGAACGAGACCGUGGCCAAUCUGACGCUCAUGGCCCUGGGAUCCUCGGCCCCGGAAAUCAUGUUAUCCGUCAUUGAAAUCUACGCGAAAAACUUUGUGGCCGGGGACCUGGGCCCGGGCACGAUCGUGGGUUCCGCGGCGUUCAACUUGUUCAUCAUCAUCGGGCUCUGCGUCUACGUCAUCCCGGACAAGGAAGUGCGGAAAAUCAAGCACUUGCGAGUGUUCUUCAUCACGGCCACUUGGUCCGUUUUCGCCUACAUUUGGCUCUACUUCAUCCUCACCUGGUCUUCGUAUGGGGAGGUUGAAGUUUGGGAGGGUUUGCUGACCUUCAUCUUCUUCCCGGCGACUGUGGUUACAGCUUACAUUGCGGACCGGAGGCUGUUGUUUUACAAGUACUUGGCGAAGGAUUAUCGGCUCAAUAGACGAGGGAUCGUUGUUGAGGCCGAAGGCGGUGAUAAAGACAGUGAAGAAGGAGGCGAGAAGUUCAAGCACUUUGAAGAGGAAUACGCUGACGAGAAGAUCAAAGAGUUCGAGGACCACAGGAGAGAGUUUAUCUGCAUCCUGAAGGACCUUCGGCAAAAGAAUCCGAAUAUGGACAUGAUCACUUUGGUCCGCUACCGCUCUCUUCUUCAUGACUUAGCACCUGGCUUUAGUUCCCGCAUGAUGUCCAUUCUGAGCAACAUCAUGAGUUGUAGGAUUCAAGCCACCAGGAAACUGACUGGCGGCGGGAACCUGGCCAAGAAAACCCACGACCUGCUUCAAGCCGAGGUGGAAAGCGAGAAGAAACAGGAGGAGGAGAAACCGCGCGACCCGAACGAACCCACGUCUGUCUACUUUGACCCGGGCCACUACACUGUUAUGGAGUCGGUUGGCUCCUUCACGGUCACUGUUUCCAGAGAUGGCGGCGAUCUUGGGCUGACUCUAAUGGUCGACUAUUCUACUGAGGAUGGAACAGCCAACGCAGGAGGAGACUACGAGGAAGCUUCGGGCACACUGGUGUUCCGCCCUGGGGAUCGACACCAGACAUUCGAUCUGACGGUUAUCGACGACGACGUGUUCGAGGAAGACGAGCACUUCUACGUGAGGUUGUCGAAUUUGCGGGUGCAGUACCCGGACGGGCGGGUGGAAGUGGCCCCGACCCCGGGCCGCCAGGCCGCGGGUGGGCGCCCCUUCCCGGCCAAACUCGACGCCCCUGCCCUGGCCACGGUCAUGAUCUUGGACGACGACCACUGCGGCAUUUUCAACCUCGCCGACAAAGACAUGGAGAUUGUGGAAUCCGUCGGAGAAUGCGAGGUAAAAGUGACGCGUUGGAGCGGCGCUCGUGGGCGGGUGGCAGUGCCUUACCGCACCGUGGAAGGCACAGCGAAACCCGAGAAGGACUACGAACCCGUGACCGGAGAAUUGGUUUUCGAAAACGAGGAAACAGAGAAGAACAUCAUCGUGCGCAUCAUCGAAGAGGACAGCUAUGAAAAGGACGUGUUGUUCUACGUGGAAAUCACGGAACCCAGGCAGAUUCUUGCCGGGGAAGCAGACUUGGACAAGAUCAUGGCCAAGCAGGCGAGCGAGCUUACGGAAGACGAGAAGAUCGCCAUGCUGGGCAAACCGAAACUCGGGGAUAACCUCGUUUGCCAGGUGAAUACUUCACACUAUUUACAGUACACGUACAUUAUCUUACUUGUUCAGGUUUCCUCCUCCAGCCCAACUAUCUCAUGUGACCGAAGUUAUCUUAUUCGGGUUAAAGAAAGCAAGGAGUUCAAGAACACAGUGGACAAGCUGCUUCAGCGUGCCAACGCGUCCAUCGUGGUCGGCACGUCCAGCUGGAAAGAGCAGUUCAGCGAAGCCCUCACAGUGAGCGCCGGCGACGACGACGGCGGCGACGACGAUGACGACGAAGGCGGCGACGACGACGACGAACGCUUGCCCUCCUGCGGCGACUACAUCAUGCACUUCCUCACUCUGUUCUGGAAACUGUUGUUUGCGUUCGUGCCGCCGACGGAUUACUGGGACGGCUGGCUGUGUUUCACGGUCGCCAUUCUCUGGAUCGGCUUGUUGACGGCGUUCAUCGGCGACCUGGCGGGUCAUUUCGGAUGCGCCAUCGGACUCGCGGACUCGGUCACGGCUAUUUCCUUCGUCGCUCUGGGAACCAGCAUCCCGGACACGUUCGCGUCCAAAGUCGCUGCGAUUCAG